AUGACGCUGCAGGCCGUAGCGCACCUGCAUCGCACUCAGUCCCAUUUGUCAUUUCACUCACACUACCCUCUUCACGCUCGCAUCCCCUUCGCGCUCGGUGGCCGUGUCCACGCUUUGCCACCGAGCCCACACCAGCUUGCCUCUGCAGUUCCGCGGUAUUCCAGGUUUAUGGGUCGUAUUUUGGGAGUUAUCUCGAGUUCUUUAAUGGCUAUUGAAAGCUUCUCAGAUAUUUCUCUACCCUUUUUCAUUGGAUUAUUAAAGGUGGCAGCUAUAUUUGUUUGCAUUUUCUGUUAUGCUACUGGAAUAAAUCAAAUAUUCGAUAUUGAAAUCGACAAGAUAAACAAGCCACACCUUCCACUUGCUUCUGGGGUGAUGGACAUGACAAAAGCUGUUGCAGUUAUUUUGGCUUAUGCUAUUAUGACCUUUGUUCUUGGAAGGCAAAUGAACUUUUCAAGGCCACUAAUUUUGGGAACCAUUGUCGUGAGCAUAUUCUGCAUUGUGGUAGCAUUAUUCAAGGAUGUACCAGAUAUUGAAGGAGAUAAAAAAUUUGGCAUUCGUUCAUUAGCUUCUAAUCUAGGUCCAAAAAAGGUGUUUUGGAUUUGUGUUUGUCUCUUAGAGAUGGCUUAUAUUUUUACAAUAGUGUUUGGAGCCACUUCUUCUCGCCCAUGGAGCAAGCUCAUAACUAUAUUGAGCCAUUCAGGUCUUGCUUUAAUGCUUUGGAAGCAAAGUGAGUCUAUUGAUUUGAAGGACAAAUUUUCUCUGCAAUCCUUCUACAUGCUUAUUUGGAAGUUGUUUUACGCUGAAUUCAUGCUUCUUCCACUUGUGAGAUGA